AUGUGGCACGUGUGGGCACUUACAAUUUGCAACUGCAUUUCUCCUACUUCUCCUUAACGAGAAACUGGCGAAAGAAAAACACAAGAAAACCUUACAAUUUUUUAUUUCCAUCUUUCUCCCUAGUCACAAAUUUUCCUCUCUUCAACACUGAGUCAAAAAAACCCGACUCGUUUUCGACAUGGUAUCCGAAUCGGAACUCAUCGGCCGCCUCCGCGAGUUCCUCCGUAGCUCCGACCUCAACACCACCACAACCUCCACCGUCCGCCGUCAGUUAGAGAGCGAUUUCGGAAUCGAUUUGUCUGAUCGAAAAGCAUUCAUUAGAGAGCAGGUAGACUCGUUUCUUCAAAGCGUUAACCAACAGCAGGAAGAUGAACCAGAAAACGACGCCGUAGUAGAAGAUGCGGAUAAACCAGAACCAAGCCAAGGUUCUGGUUCAAAGGAAGAAACAGAAGAAGAAGAAGUAGAAGAAGAAGAAGUUGAAGAAGAGGAUGAUAAUGAGAAAGAGGCGAAUGAAAAACCUAAGCGAACCAGAAGUGUGAAGAAGGAGAAGAAGAAGAAGAAGAGCACGAAGAGUAAAGAACGAUCUAACAAGUCAGGUGAUGAGGUAGUAAAGAAAAAAGGUGGCGGCGGUUUUUGUAAAAUUUGUAGCCUGUCUCCACAACUUCAGGAAUUCGUUGGAGCACCAGAGAUGGCUAGGACUGAGGUUGUUAAGCAAUUGUGGGCCUAUAUUAGGGAGAAAAAUUUGCAAGACCCAGACAAUAGGCGAAAUAUCAAUUGUGAUGAACCACUGCGUGCUCUUUUUGGUGUCAAUUCCAUCAAUAUGUUCCAAAUGAAUAAAGUAUUGGCAAAGCAUAUCUGGCCACUGGACUCAGAUGAUGUUAUCCAGGUGAAGUCGGCACCAAAGGAAAAGCAGAAGCGAAAGAGAGAAGAUGAUGAUUCAGAUGAGCCGAAAGGAAAGGAAAAACGGCAGAAGGGAGGUUCAGGAAAAGGUUUUCUUGCUCCACUUCAACUAUCUGAUGCCCUUACGAAGUUCCUUGGAGAAAGUGAAUUAUCAAGAUCUGACGUCAUUAAAAGAAUGUGGGAUUAUAUAAAAGGAAACAGCCUUCAGGAUCCUUCUGACAAGAGGCAAAUAAUAUGUGACGAAAAGUUGAAAGAACUCUUUGGUGUUGACUCCUUCAAUGGCUUCACCGUUACAAAACUUUUGGUGCCUCAUUUCAUAAAGUCAUAGCAGUGAGUUGCUUGCACAUUUAUACGCGGUGAGCUUGGGAAAUUUGGCUAAUUUUGUUUAUUUAUCAAAUUAGUUUUGGAAGGCCUUGUUUAUGUAUCAUCUUUUCAGCAUGGUCUGCAAACAUGAGGAAUAGGAAUUAGUGUAGUGACAGAUUUUCAGUGAAUUUUUAUCAAAGAAUUUAACGUUA